UUCCGAUGUUUCUGGUAACAAAUCACAAACGUUCCGGAAGGACCUCGGCCAAGCUUCCUAGCAGCGUGCGUAUGGCAGGCAUCGCCUAUGACCAAGAACUAGAUAAAUGAUAAAUGACCGGGCGUCGAGGUUGAUCGAGAGUUGCGUCACCACGUCGGGGUGGCCGGAACGGAUAGACAAGAGAUCUGAUUCCCAGGGUAUCAACGCAGCGCUUACACAGCAAAACAACAGAAACAACAUGGACAAUCUCAUGAGACGUGCUGCACUGGCAGCCUUGCUGCUAUCUCCAAACGCAGCAGACGCGCAAACAACCUCCGCCGCACUGACGACAAGCUCGUCGUCAACUGCAUGCGCAACCGUCCUGACCCCGUCUUAUUCGCCGCCAGUCGUGAGCCCCGGAUGGAAGGCCCAGCUGAUCGCCACGGGCCUGUCGAGGCCCCGCGGCCUGAAGUUCGACAGCAAGGGCGGGCUGCUCGUGAUUGAAGCCGGCGUCGGGCUUAGGCGUUUGACCUUUACGGACAACGGAGGCACUUGCCUAUCUGUCAAGACCAACAAGACCGUGAUCGCAGACAAGGAGCUCAACCACGGCCUGGAGCUGUCCGAGGACGGCAGGACGCUGUACGUCUCGUCAACCGAGAACGUCUACAGCUACAGCUACGACCCUGACGCCGCCACCGUGAGCAACCAGCAGCGCCUGGUGUUCAACAUGAGCAACGCCAACGGCGACCACGUCACGCGCACGCUGCUCCUCUCCCGGAAGCAGCCGGACCUCCUGCUCGUGUCCCGCGGCAGCUCCGCCAACAUCGACCCGCUCGCGGCCCAGCAGUCCUCGGGCAUCUCGCAGAUCCGCGCCUUCAACAUCUCCUCCAGCGCCACCGCUGCCCGCCGCGGGCCCUACAACUACCCGACCGACGGCCUGCUGGUCGGCUGGGGCCUGCGCAACUCGGUCGGCGUGGCCGAGCACCCGGUGACGGGCGGCAUCUGGUCGGUGGAGAACAGCGCCGACGACGUGCGGCGCGAGGGGCGCGACGUGCACGAGGACAACCCGGGCGAGGAGCUCAACUUCCACGGCGUCCUGCGCGACCCGGCCACGCUGGGCGCCAACCACGGCUACCCGUCCUGCUUCGCGCUGUGGAACACAACCGCGUUCCCGGCCCUCGGCAACCUCACGGUCGGCAGCCAAUUCGCGGAAUCGCCCAACGCCACGCUCAACGACACGACCUGCGCGCGCACCGCGCGCCCGCCGCGCCUGACCUUCCGCGCGCACAUGGCCCCGCUCGACCUCAAGUUCGACGACGACGACGACGGCAGUGCGCGCGCCGCCUUCGUCUCGUUCCACGGCAGCUGGGACCGCGACCGCGCGGCCGGCUACAAGCUGGCGCGCGUGGCGUUCGACGCGGCGAGCGGCGAGCCCGCCGAGCCCAGCGACAGCGUCGCCGCCGCCGUCGACGUGCUCGCCGCCCCGGACGUGCUUGCCUGUCCGGGCGCGGGCGGCGGCGGGUGCAUGCGCCCGGUCGGGCUGGCGCUGAAUGGCACCGGGGCCGGCCGGCGGCUGUUUGUGUCGAGCGACGCGACGGGGGAGAUCUGGGUCGUCAUGCGCGCUGGGGAGGGAGGAGAGGGCGGCGGUGGGGGGACGGCGACUGGGACUGCUGGGGCGCCAGCGAGCAGUACGUCGUCUGCAGCGGCCGCGGUCGCGCCGCUGGUGGGUUUUCGGGGUGCGGGCUGGGGAGGAUGGGCGGCGGUGGUUGGAGUGACGGUAGCGAUGGCGGCUGUUGGAGGGUUAGUGAUUGCCGGUUGAAGAGACGUCGUUGAUCAUUGGGCGGAACACUAAGAAUCGGGCUUCGAGUGGUACUGUACGACCUUUGUACGGAGUGGUUCUUGGAAUAUAAGGUCAGGUAGUUAGCCACACGCAGCCUGGCGCAAUCCCGUGAGCAUCCAACCGCCGCUCCCUUG